AUGAAGAUCUCCUUGGCCAUGCUCAUCCUGCUGCUGGCAGCUGCCUGGACUGGAAGCCAGGGGAUGUCCUUACGCAGCAACAAAGCCGAAUGCUGCUCCGAGAAAAAGUUCUUCCAUCGGAAAAUCCCUGAGUUCAAGAUCCAGGGCUACCUGGAAACGCCUUCCACCUGCACCUACAGGGCUGUUCUUGUGAAGCUGCAGAAGGGGCUGGUCUGUGUGGACCCAGAGAAGAAAUGGUUCCAGGAGUACCUGAGGAAGCAGAAGAAGUCAAACAGCACCUCCACGUGA